AUGUCCUCAAGCGUCCGCGUAAGCGGGAACAGGUUGAGCGGAAACUUCAACACGAUACGGUUCAGCGAAUCUGUGGGGGGCAUCGACGUUUCAAACAAUUUGUUUUCGGGCUCGUUCCCGCAGAUUGUGUGCCAUCGGAGCGGCUUAGCAAUUAACUUUUCGCACAAUCGGCUGACAGGAGCCGUUCCAGCAGAUUGUUUCAAGUUCGGGAGUUUUCCAAACGGCCUCUUUCUAAGCCACAACAAAUUCUCGGGCAGCUUGCAGCCGUUUGCGAACCUGCCCACGGACAUCACUGCUCUGGACCUCGGAUUCAACAAAUUCACAGGGAGAAUUCCCAGACGCCUCACCAAUUUACCCCAGCUUAAAUACUUGGACCUCGGGGCAAACGCUCUGACAGGCCCCAUUCCCGCCUUCUGCCAGGGCAAGCAGGCCCUCACCAUCCUCAACCUUGCUUACAACGCCCUAUCUGGCCCGCCGACCCCGCUCUCCUCCCCCUCCUGCUCCGCCUCCCUUAAGGUCCUCUAUCUCACCUCCAACCGCCUCUCCGGCCCCAUCCCCGCUACAAUCAGAUCCUUUAGAAACCUCAUGCGCCUCCGCCUUGAUAACAACGCCCUCACGGGACUGAUUCCUGCGGGUGUGAGAAAUAUGAAAAGGCUGCAGAGGCUAGGAUUGUCGUAUAACAAGCUAUCAGGUGCCAUUCCCGCGGUUUGGCCGGCAAGGUUAUGGGUAGUGAAGCUGGCAGGGAAUCGGUUGAGAGGGGCUGUUCCGGCUGCUCUGAGCAAGCUGAAGAGAGGCUCGUUCAAACCAGGGAACCCCAACUUGUGUGGAACCCCGCUGCCUGCUUGUGCAUAG